AUGGGGGAGGAGGGGGCUUGGGGCCGGGGCGGGACCACAAGCCGUUUCCAAGAAGUACUGUUGAGCGGAGGCAGCAAAGUGCUGCAGCAAGCGACAGAAUUUUUAGGGGAGGGCCCCAAGCCUUUGCGUUUCCUUUGUUUCCUUGGCGGCUUAAUGACUGUCUUAACUUCGGGCUUGGCGUGCAUUAACAUUUUUUCGUUUCUUACAGAGCCUUCAAACUACAUUCUGCAGCUGUACCUAAUUUUGUUCGGGACACUGACGAUGGCGGUGGAGGCCAAGGAUAUUCCGCCCUUGGAAAGGAUGAGGCCAUUCUUUUUUUCCUGGUUUCGAUUCCUCACUGUUCCAGGAGGCAAGGGCUGCUUCUAUAUCUUUUACGGAUCAUUGUCUCUGUCCUUGUGGAGGAGUUCUUUCGUCCUAGCCCUUGUUGGUAUAUACACAGCCAGCAUGGGUGUUGUGUGCGUCCUGGUACACUUUGGUAUGAGGCAGGAGCUACAACAGCACGGGAUUAGUGUAUCGGAGGGCUCCGGAGAUGAGGUGUCGUUGGGACGAGCCAUUGAGCCCGACCAGAUCACCUCGCCGGUCUUCUAA